UGACUGUAAUCCUCCGGGCACAAUCAGGCGGCGUCUCGCGUCGGGGAGAAAGAAAGAGAGAGACCUCCCCGCCUCUAGCUGGAGCUGCGGCGAUACUUUCAAGGGCUCCCCGGACUCCAGGCAGGGCCAUUGCGGUGCCGCAUUCUGCCAGCCAGCUUCGCCGCGUUUUCUUCUCCACUCGCUCUGCCUGGCUGCAGUGGCAGCUCCCUUGGUGCAGUCAUGUUGGCGGCGAGGUUAGCGACAUCAUGCCGAUCACCGUCUGUGCUGCUGCUCAGGGGCGUCCCAGCAGGCUACAAUUCGUUUCAUUCCUCGACGCAGCACCUCCGCGGGGCCAGGGUCGCUGUGGUCCUGUCCGGAUGUGGUGUUUAUGAUGGCACUGAAAUCCAUGAAGCUUCAGCCAUAUUGGUCCAUUUGAGCCGUGAAGGAGCCAAUGUUCAGAUGUAUGCUCCAAAUAUUUCUCAAAUGCAUGUCAUUGACCACUGCAAGGGACAGCCGACUAAGGGUGAAUCAAGAAAUGUUUUGAUAGAAUCAGCAAGGAUUGCCCGUGGCAAAGUUACAGAACUGGCUAAACUUACUGCAAAAGAUCACGAUGCUGUGAUAUUUCCUGGGGGCUUUGGAGCUGCCAAAAACUUAUCUACAUUUUCUGUGGAUGGGAAAGACUGUAAAGUGAAUGGAGAAGUUGAGCGUGUGCUAAAGGAUUUCAACAAAGCUGGGAAGCCCAUUGGUCUGUGCUGCAUCUCACCUGUUUUGGCUGUCAAAGUUCUUCCUGGUACUGAAGUCACAGUAGGGCAUGAAGAAGAGGAAGGUGGCAGGUGGCCUUAUGCUGGAACUGCUGGGACCAUCAAAGCAAUGGGAGGGAAACACCGUGUUAAAGAAGUAACGGAUGCCCAUGUGGACACAGCCAACAAGGUGGUAACUACUCCAGCCUAUAUGUGUGAAACAGAAUUGCAUCAUAUCUUUGAUGGUAUUGGGACUAUGGUAAAACAUGUGUUGAAGAUGACAGGCAAAUGAAAUAGAUGCCUAUGCUAGCAGCAUAAUAGUUUACAGACCUGACAACACUGAUUUGAUAUAGGAUUUACUUCUAUGUAAACAUGCUCAGGGUUGCAUUGGACUGACUUGCUUAGGCCUAUAUGGAAUCAUUACCCUCUGUUUUUUCCCAACAAGCAUUCAGGUGUGACACCUUGCUUGCUUCCUGACCCUCUAAAGCCAUUUGCGGCAUAGUGAAGCAUAACAGAUAAAACUUUCACUCAACAAAGUGAAUAUAAUCUAUAAGAAAUUUCAUGACUUAUCAUGGUCCCGGCAGUUAAUAUAUUAGUGUAGAAAAGCAAGAUGGGAAUACAUGACUGAUCUAAAAAUUGUGGAGCUCGGUAUUAUGGUGCUAUCACGUUGAAGUCUCUGGUUAAGGUCAUAAUCAAGAAUUGAAGGGUUAGGGUUUCCUCACUUGGUGCUACAUCUGGACAGAUACAGUAAAAUUUCUAGGUCUAGUCAGAGCCUAAAUAAUUAGAAUAUUUCCAGUCACUGGAUAAAGUAGAGAUUACUUGUAUUAGACUUGUAGUCCUGAGAAGACAUAUAGUAUGAAAUAAAAGGAUGCAUUUGUUACUGGCAUAAUUGUAUUUGGCUUGAUUUAAUAAAAUCAAACAUAUUAUGACUAGAAUGGCAAGUUGAACUAAACACGCACACACACACACACACACAACCCCAAUUGUGGAAAUAGUUGCGACAGAGCCGGCUGGAGUUAAAUCCUGUGAAGAUGGGGGUUCUGUACCUGAGCCGGGGGGAGUAGAUUGGGGGAUUAGGCUCCCUACCCUGGAUGGAGCUCCAUUGGUGCCAACCCAGAAGGUGAAGAGCCUGGGGGUGAUCUUGGAUGCCUCACUUUCCAUGGAGGCCCAGGUCACU